UCUUCGUUCACCCAGGUUCCUGAAGAACGUGAGCAUCGACCUCCCCGACGGCGGGUCGACCCCCAACCUGGAGUUCAACUCGGACGGCACCAGGAAGGCGGUCGAGCUCAAGAUCAUGAACCUGCGCCCCGACAUGUCCAACAAGUUCGCCUGGGAAGAGAUCGGCGUGUGGAAGUCGGUCCCCGAGAGCGGCCUGGAGGUCAAGGACAUCGUGUGGCCGGGGUACUCCCACGUCCCGCCCAACGGCAUCCCGGAGAAGUUCCACCUCAAGAUCACCUUCAUGGAGGAGCCGCCCUUCAUCAACAUGGACCCCCCGCACCCCGUCACCGGCAAGUGCACGGCGAACAAGGGCGUGCCGUGCAGGAUCGCCUUCGGAUGAAAUGAUGCAAGGCGUCAACGUGAGCUGGGCUAUGCGGAACUCCAGCUACUACCGGUGCUGCUCGGGUUUCUGCAUCGACCUGCUGGUGAAGUUCUCGCAGGACCUCGGCUUCUCCUACGACUUCUUCCGGGUGGAGGACGGCAUCUGGGGAGCC